AUGUCCACCGACCGCAACAUGUCAUCCACGGAGUCUCAGGUCCGGCCUGCGAGCCCCGACCCCGUCCUCGGGUCCGGCGAAGACCCGGACCAGUCCCGCGUCCAAAUUUCCGUCUACUCCCGAUUGAAGCCACUGCAAAAGCGCCUCGUCACCGGCAUUGCAGCUGUAUGCGGCUUUUUAGCACAGAUGUCCACAACAAGCGUCUUGGCUGCCGUUCCUGAGAUUGUUUCAACGUUUGAGACAUCAGCUACAGUCAUUAACAUCAGCAACGCCGUGUAUCUGACUUUUAUGGGCUUGUCGGCGUUCAUAUGGGGUCCGUACGCAGAUAUUUUUGGUCGCAGACCAGCCUACUUGAGCAGUGUCGCACUAUUCUUAGUGUUCACGAUCGGUACCGCGUUGGCGCCUCAGCUUGAGGUUUUCUUCCUCUUUCGGGCAUUGACCGCGUUCCAAGGUACGGCGUUCUUGAUUCUUGGAAGCACAUGCAUUUCCGACAUUUACCACCCAACUGAACGCGCUACGUCUCUUGGAUGGUUUCUUUCUGGAGUAGCAUUCGGUCCCGCCUUCGGCCCAGUUCUCGGCGGCAUCGUCGUAACUUAUACGACGUGGCGCGUCAUCUUCUGGAUUCAGGCGUCGUUUGCACUGCUGGCCUUGCCAUUCAUCUACUUUGCACUCCCGGAAACCCAUCAUCAACUCAGGGUCUCGGAGCUGCAAGGUCUUGGUUUCGGGGAGAAGAUCUCCAAGCUUUGGAAUUGGGGCAACCCGACCAAAGUGGUGAAGGUUUACGGAAACAAGAACCUUCUUCUAGUCUUUCUCGCUUCUUCCUCAUUGGUUUGGAACAUGUAUGCCCUGCUUACACCAAUUCGAUACGUCCUUAACCCACGCUUUCACCUCACAACGCCGCUUCAGUCAGGGCUUUUAUACCUCGUACCAGGUGCCGGUUAUCUUGUCGGCUCGCAGAUAGGCGGUCGUUGGGCUGACUGGACUGUCAAUAAGUGGAUUCAGAAGAGAGGCUUCCGUCUCCCGGAGGAUAGGCUGCGUAGCUGUCUGAUCUUUCUUGCAUUCAUGCUGCCUGGGUCCAUGGUCAUGUACGGGUGGACACUGGACAAGCGCAUCGGUGGAAUCCCAUUGCCAGUGGUCUGCAUGUUCUUUCAGGGGGUCGCUCAGAUGGGAGCUUUCCCAAGCCUGAACUCAUACAUCUUUGACGUAAUCCAACACUCUCAAAGUGGCGGAUCUUCGGGUAUCUGA